UACUCAGAGAUUCUGUAAGCAACGGGCACACCAAGCUAAAUAGGAAACCCUAAUUUUUGCAAUAUAUAAAGCUGUCUAUUCAGUGUGAUAUUCCACCAUCGCUCUCUCUGAUCAAUACUAGCUAAAAAUCAACGAAGCCCCUGGCAAUUGAUUUUUCAUCGUGUUACUCUCUUUAUCUCACUAUUUUCUCUCUCUAAAACUCUAUUUCUUUAAUCUGGUUUUCUGUUUUGCAGGGUUUUCUUUUUUUUUUUUUUUUUUUUUUCUUUUUGGCCCUUUUGAUUUUGUAGGCAUCUCUUUUUUUGUGCUAACGUUAUGGAUGCAGGAUCUAGGAGGAUCUCUUCUUCACGCUUAAUUUGCAAGACACAGUCUCGAUGCCCUCUUCAAGAACAGUUUAUGCAAAGGAGAAAUGCUCGAGAAAACUUGGAUAGAUUCAUACCAAAUCGGUCUGCAAUGGAUUUCGACUACGCGAAUUACAUGCUGACCGAGGGGAGGAAAGGCAAAGAGAACCCAGCUGUGAGCUCUCCAUCCAGGGAAGCAUACCAGAAGCAACUGGCAGAAACCUUCAACAUGAACCGGACCCGUAUACUGGCUUUUAAGAACAAGCCCCCCACUCCUGUUGAGGCUAUUCCCUACAAUUUCUCCUCAUCUGUUCACCAGUCCAAACCAAUAAAGCCCCGUCGGUACAUUCCCCAGACUUCUGAGAGGACAUUAGAUGCUCCCGAUCUGGUUGAUGAUUACUACUUGAAUUUAUUAGAUUGGGGUAGCAGCAAUGUUCUUGCCAUUGCUCUUGGAAACACGGUAUAUCUAUGGGAUGCUUCUGAUGGUUCUACCUCAGAACUUGUCACCCUUGAUGAUGAAAAUGGACCAGUGACAAGCGUAAAAUGGGCUCCUGAUGGCCGACACAUAGCUGUUGGCUUAAACAAUUCUGAAGUACAUCUUUGGGAUUCUACAGCCAAUCGACAGUUAAGAACUUUGAGAGGUGGUCAUCAAUCACGAGUUGGGUCCCUGGAUUGGAACAAUCAUAUUUUGACAACAGGAGGAAUGGAUGGUCAAAUCAUCAACAAUGAUGUAAGAGUCAGAUCACAUAUAGUUGAAACCUAUAGGGGACACCGUCAAGAAGUUUGUGGGUUAAAAUGGUCAGCCUCAGGCCAGCAAUUAGCAAGUGGGGGAAAUGACAAUCUCCUCCAUAUAUGGGACAGAUCAGUGGCGUCUUCUAAUUCCCCAACGCAGUGGCUUCACAGGCUCGAAGACCACACAGCUGCAGUGAAAGCACUUGCUUGGUGCCCAUUCCAGGGUAACUUGCUGUCCUCUGGUGGCGGAGGAGGUGACAGGUGUAUAAAAUUUUGGAACACCCACACUGGAGCAUGCUUGAAUUCGGUUGACACAGGCUCUCAGGUCUGCUCUCUGUUGUGGAACAAGAAUGAGCGUGAGCUACUUAGUUCUCAUGGUUUUACUCAGAAUCAGCUCACUCUUUGGAAAUACCCAUCAAUGGUGAAAGUAGCAGAGCUUACUGGUCAUACAUCCAGAGUUCUUUUCAUGGCUCAAAGCCCGGAUGGAUGUACGGUUGCUUCUGCAGCAGGGGAUGAAACACUGAGAUUUUGGAAUGUUUUUGGGACUCCUGAAGUGGCAAAACCUGCACCAAAGGCAAACCCGGAGCCAUUUGCUCACUUAAACCUAAACCGGAUUCGUUGAGUGUCAUUGGAAAAGAAUUGGUUGAGGUCUCAUACACAAGAUCAUUAAACUUGUCAACGAGGCAAACCUGGAACCAGCUCACUUCAAACGAAUUCGUUGAAGAUCAUUAAUGUUUGGUAUGAUGGAUUGCAAACAUAAUCUCGUAUUAUUCUCAAACUAAACUAGUUGCAGAUAGAUGGUGAAUACGGCUUGAUUCCAACUGGUUUUCAUUAACUAAACACGACCUCUUUGUAUUUCUGAAUUUUGAGCUCAAGAUAAGAGAAAAAGCACCAUGAAUACAGCAGCUUGCUUCCAACUGGUUUUCAUUUGUAUUUCUAUGCCUUUUGCCUAUGAUUCUUUCUAUGCCUGUUUUUUUCCCUCUUAAAAAGUAUUAUUCAUGAGACCAUUAUUUUUUAAAGUUGUUACGACGCUA